AUGAUUGAAAACGCUCUUGAUGAUGUGCAGCUAGAGGAGAUUUUGGCUCCUUAUCAUCCAGAGAGUCCGAAGAAGUUUGAGGAGGAGCUACAGAUUGCCGAGAGGUUGGCGUUGUUAUUCUUUUCUCGAGCAACUAGUAUCUUUUUGCUAAAAUUUUCAUCGAGUGGUCUUGUUGGAACGUUGGAAGUAACCAAAAAAGGUAUGUGGGUUUUCGGCUUUUUUUCCACGCUUAGAAAAACUAUCGAAAACGACAAAGAACCUCUGUAUACCAAACACAGUCAUCAGCAAGAUAGAUCUAGCUUGACAUUGCAUCACUACUGUGAUAUAAUCUGUAGUCGCUUACUUGAUCCUGAAAUUUGUAGAUUUCUCAUGGAUUUUGUCGACUCUGCAUAUUCGGGUAUUAAACCACUACUUAUCACUGAUUGGGAUGGCACCAUGAAGGAUUAUUGCUCGCAAUACGCCACUAAUCUUCAGCCGGUAUACAGUGCCGUCGUAAUGGGUAGAUUUGCUGAACUUUUCACCAGAGCUACUGCCGUACUUACCGCUGGACCACUGCGAGGCCCUGGUAUUCUGGAUCUCACAGCCCUGCCAAUCAAUGGGCCUGUUUUGUUUAGUGGUUCAUGGGGUCGUGAGUGGUGGUUGCGAGGAAAACGCGUUGUGCAUGAGGAUGGAAUCUCCGAAGAAGGUUUUGAUGCAAUCGGCAGACUUAGUGAUGAGAUGACUGAUCUUCUCGCGAACGGCGACUUCGCGCAGUUUGCGUUGGUUGGCAGUGGUGUGCAGAGAAAGGUGGACCGCCUCACCUUGGGAGUGCAAACUGUAUUUGGACACAUACCUCUUGAACUAGUCGUGAGAUAUAUUGAUGCUAUUAAGGAAAGGAUUCACCGCGUGGAUCCGAACAAUACCAACCUCGUUCUGGAAAACUCUUCGCCUCUUGAAAUUGAAGUGUGCGCCCAUAACUCAGGUGCAAAUUUUGUCUCAAGGUCUGUGUGGAAUAAGGGUGAUGGUGUAGCUUCCUUGAUCGAAUCUCUUCAUGAUUCUUUGAAGAAAGGGAAAGUCCUUGUUGCCGGUGACACCGCGAGUGACUUGCCCAUGCUAAAGCAUGCAGGUGUGAUGGCACUGUUUGUUGGUGCCGGCGAGUCGCUACGUGAUUCUGUGCGUUCGAUCGUCGGUGACGAUUCCAGAAUCUGCUUCGUUUCCUGUCCGGAUGUAAUACACGCGGCGUUUGCGCGUGUACUAACCGCUAAGGUUGAUUUGGAUUAG